AUGGCUUUAUCAGUGAGCGGCCUCCUCCAGGCCAUCAACCAUGACUACACCCUUUGGAUCGUGGGAGGAAUUGUGCUAGUCUACGGACUGUACUGGUGGGCAACAUCCACCGACAUCCCCAAAAUCAAAGGCAUUCCCGAGAUCCCCGGCGCGAUCCCCGUGUUUGGCCAUCUCCUCAAACUCGGCGAAGACCAUGCGACAGUCUGCGAAGCUUGGUGGCGCAAGUACCGGCAAUCGGUGUUCCAGAUCCGCCUGGGCAACACUCGAGCGGUGGUGGUCAACUCGUUCGACGACGCGAAGCAAAUGCUGGUCGGGCACCAGAAUGCCGUGAUCGACCGACCGACGCUGUACACGUUCCAUGGCGUGAUCUCGUCGACACAGGGGUUCACCAUCGGGUCCAGCCCGUGGGACGCAUCGUGCAAGAACAAGCGCAAGGCGGCCGGACAGGCACUUGGGCGACCGGCGAUGAGAGGAUACUUCGACAUGUUCGAUCUGGAGUCGUACUGUAUCGUGCGCGACCUGUUCCGGGACAGCAAGAACGGCGAACUGGAGAUCGGGGUGCGGCCGUACAUCCAGCGGUACGCGCUCAACACGACGCUGACGCUCUGCUACGGGAUCCGCAUGGACAACGUGUAUGACGAGAUGCUGCGGGAAAUCCUGCACGUGGGGUCGGCGAUUUCGCUGCUGCGGUCGGCGUCCGAGAACUACCAGGACUACGUGCCAAUCCUGCGGUACUUCCCGAACAACGAGAAGAACCGGCGGUCCAAGGAACUGCGCGACCGCCGCGACCGGUACCUGAACUUCCUGCUCAACAAGGUGCGCGACAUGAUCGCCAAGGGCACGGACAAGCCGUGCAUCAGCGCGGCGAUCCUGAAGGACCAAGAGACCAAACUGACGGGCGUCGAGGUGUCGUCCAUCUGCCUGUCUCUGGUGUCGGGCGGGUUCGAGACCAUCCCGGGCACCCUGACCUCGUGCAUCGGCUCGUUGUCGACCAAGGAGGGCCAGGUCUUCCAGGAGCGCGCCUACGAGGACAUCAAGCGCCACUACCCCGACCUGAAGGACGUGUGGGCCAACAGUUUCCAGGACGAGAAGGUCCCCUACGUCAACGCCAUCAUCAAGGAGGCCGCCCGCUACUACACCGUCAGCGCCAUGUCCCUGCCGCGCAAGACCGUCAGCGACAUCGACUGGAACGGCGCAAAGAUCCCGGCAAAGACCAUGAUCCUGAUCAACGCCCAGGCUGCCAACCACGACGUCGACCACUUCGGCCCCGACGGCGCCGUCUACAACCCGGAACGCUGGCUCAACGACGAGUUUGUCAUGAACCCCUCGUCCACUGUCCCGGAAGAGAAGCCCGGCCAGGGCAUCCAGCAUUUCUCCUUUGGCGCCGGCUCGAGAGCCUGCUCCGGCCAAUUCAUCGCCACACGCCUGCUGUACACCGCUCUGAUCCGCUUGUUGUCGUGCUACAAGAUCGUCGCGAGCGAGGAGGAGCCCCCCAACACCGACUAUGUCGAUUACAACCAGUUCAAGACCGCUUUGGUUGCCAUCCCGCGGGACUUCAAGGUCAAGUUGAUCCCGAGACACCCCGAGAGUGUGAUCCAGGACGUCAUGGCUGACGCGAAGGAGCGCACCAAGGAUUACUAUGUCGAGUCGAACUGA